AUGGUAGCCAGUUCAUUACAAAUAGUUGUUAUUGGUGCAGGGCUCAUUGGACCUCGCCAUGCUCAGCAUGUUCAUCAAAAUCCUCAAACCCAGCUCUUUGGGUUCGUUGAUCCUACUCCAGCGGGUGCUAAUGCAGCCGAAAAAUUCAAUACUCGUUCCUUUAAAUCCAUUAAGGAGAUGAUCGAGAGCUGCAACGAAACAAGCACCCCAUAUCCAGACGGAGCUAUAGUAUGUACACCUAAUUCGUUGCAUAUUAGUAUUGCCGCAGAGUUAGCCUCACACGGGAUCCACUUGUUGGUAGAAAAGCCCUUGUCUUCAAACGCAGAAGAAUCCAAGGCAUUGAAAGAAUAUACCAAAAUGAAGAAUGUCAAAUUAUUGGUGGGGCAUCAUAGAAGGUUCAACCCUUUUAUUAUAGAAACUAAGAAGAACUUGAAAAAAGUUGGUAACAUUGUCGCAGUUCAAGGUGUUUGGGCUACACGUAAGGCUGAUGAAUACUACAAGGUAUCACCUUGGAGAACAGAUAUUAAUACUGGUGGUGGUGCAUUAUUAAUAAAUAUGGUGCAUGAUAUCGAUUUAUUACAGUACUUAUUUGGACCUGUGGCAAGAGUUUAUGCAGAGCCUUUACCUAAGGAAAGAUUGGAAUACCCAAAUGCCGACGAAGGAGCUGCGCUAACGUUAAGGUUCAAAAACGGGGUUUGUGGUACAUUUAUCUGUUCUGAUAGUGUUACGUCGCCAUUCAAUUUUGAGGCUGGUACAGGUGAAAAUCCGACUAUUCCAUUCCAUGAAGGAUUAGAAGGCUUCUACCGUGUUUUCGGGUCCGAAGGAACACUUUCCGCCCCAGAUCUUAAUUUGUAUCAUCAGAAGGGCAUAAAGAACCCAGAAGAUAAGAGUUGGUUGAGUCCCGUAGUAAAAGAACCCUUAAUUUCAAACCGCCAACAAACUUUGCAUUCUGCUUUGCCAUUCGAUUUCCAGUUAGAUCACUUCGUUGAUGUUAUCAACAAGAAACAAGAGCCGUUCUGCACUGCAGACGAUGGUAUGUCAGCUUUGCUUUGUAUUGAUGCACUUAUACGGUCUUUAAAGUCAGGCUUGCCUGAAUUGGUGGAAGAUGUAAACAAUAUUUUACCAAAUUAUGAUUCUUUGGGUUUAGACGAAGGAAAUCCUGCCCUUUUAAAACUUAAUUAA